AUGUAUUGUUGCAUUCCAUCGCCAAUACCAGAAAAUCCUUCUCCACAAGCAAUCAAGUUAUUUCGAAUUAUUAGAACCCUUGUAAUUAUCCAGGUGAUGCUUGGGAUAUUUAGCAUGUUUGUAGAUAUAUGGUCAGGUUUUCUUUUACUUAUAGGAGCAAGCGUUCUUUAUAUGAUAAUUUGUUCAAGAAAUUGAUGCACAUGUGUAUUUUACAUUGUUCUCUGUAUGAUGGACAUAAUGACUUGUAUAAUGCUUGUUGGGGAAUAUUUUACUGCUCACAGCACGAUUGAAGGAGAUUAUGGAAUUCUUGUCUUCGUCUCGAUGGUCAAAUUUCCCAGCUCCAUGCCAAAUAACCGCGGAAAUUUGAUAGUACGACACCUCAUAGGGGAAAUUUUGUUCGAAUCAUUUUUUGAUAGUGAGACAUUUGACCGAAAAAACCGUCAAAUUUCGGCCAAAUGGAUAUACUAUUUAAAAAUUUUCGACCAAAAGUACUUCGGUGAAAUGGACACUAUCAAAAAGGCAAGGUCAUUUGACCUGCACCCAAAUUCCCAUUCUACACUCUCUCAAUAUAUUAUACCUUCUUGUGUUAUAGAGAACUCAAAGGUCAGGGAUAUUUAGGAUUAUUUAUUGAAGUCGUAGAAGGCGGAGGGGCAGGAAUUAUAGGAUCUCAAGCACCUGCACAAGCAUGGCAAAACGCCAGAGAUCCUCCGAGGGCACCAGAACCACAGCCAUUCCAAGGACAAGGAUAUAGGCUUGGCUAA